CUGGAGAAAGACAGGUCCCGCGAGACCGCCCAAAGGGAGCAUUCAGUGACCAUAGAAGACAUCAUCCUCGACCGGGACCGGCGCGGGAUCUCGAAACUCAGACCCCACCUUGCGUCAAACUUUGCCACUGAAGCCGCACAGCUCAUCCUGGACAAUCCGGGCACUGCCAUCAUCGUAACCGGCUUCUACAUCCUUGACGCGGGCUACGCGGAGACCGACGGACCUCCAGGCGCUGUCGUCAUCGGCAGCGCGCUAAACCAGCUUGGGUACGAGGUCGUCCACGUCACAGACCGCUACGCCUCUGACAUCAUGGACAAGACGGGCGGCGACUACUCCAGAGUGGUCGAGUUUCCCGUCGUUGAUGACGCCGCCAGCAUAGAGUUCGCCAAGGGUGUUAUCGACGACCUCAAUCCAUCGGUCGUGAUCGCCAUAGAACGCUGCGGACUCACAGACGAAGGCAAGUACCGCAACAUGCGCGGAAGGGACAUCACCGACUAUAACGCCCGGAUCGAUCACAUCUUCCACGCGGACAUCCCCUCGGUGGGCAUUGGCGACGGCGGCAACGAGAUCGGUAUGGGCAACCUUUCCGAGGAGGUUACUCAGGUCGAGUCGCUGGUCAAGAUACCGUGCGUCACGCAGACUUCCAAGCUGAUGCUGGCCAGCGUGUCCAACUGGGGCGGCUACGGACUCGCUGCAGCGCUCUCCGAACUUUCCAGCAGGAACCUGCUCCCAUCCAUCGAGGAAGAGCAGGCUCUCCUGAAGCAGACCGUGGACCUCGGCGCUGUGGAUGGCAUGAGUCCGCGCUCGCGAAGAGUACAAGGCGGACCGCACGCUGGAAAACCGUCCCCUCCGUCUGCACAGACGGGAAAAUGGACACAGAAAACAGCGAGACUGUCUCGAGGCGCCUUCUACGACGAUCUCGCUAUCCAUAAGAGGUAG